AUGACGUCCAAAGAUAUACGAACGCUCUACGAUAUCGGAUCGAAAGAAGAUGGCCUACGAGCCAACGCCAUCCUUCAAACUCGUCCUCCUUGCUCCAACGUGGAUGCUGCAGGCUUCAACUGUUUGACUGUUGUGGUCCGACGCAUCUACAGUCACUGCUUGGUUCAAGAAGGAUAUGAUGCCUCGCCCGGAUGGCUCAAGAAGUCGGAAGGUUCAAACCCCAUCCUGAGUCAUGCGUGGCAUAAGUUUGGGCAAACGUCAACGGAAGCGACAGAAGGUGAAGAGGAUAGGAAACGUGCUUUUGCAAAGCUUCGUGACCUUACACUCGACCCGUAUUCUUGUUUCGAGAAUCUUUGCCACUCCAAGUUGAUGAACUGUACCCUGUGGGCACAGAAUGUCUUUCGUCUGAUCGAUCAUCUUCACGGGUUGAACACUGGCAAUGAAGUCAAGGUGAAACCAGAUGUGAUCGCUCAAAUGAGCUUGCUGGAGCUCGAUCACGUCAAAUCUCCCGAAAUGACUCUUGACGACGCCGUUGAUAGAGCUUUUGGUGUGAUUGACCUCCACGAGCCCGUCGUAUCAAGGCCCGCUCGCCCUUGGGCCGUUCGCGUCCUCUACCAUUCACAUGGUGAAGAGGAACGACGGUUAGGGUUGAAGGACCUUCGAUAUUUACAACUUCCUGUCUGGGAGGAGGACUUGGAAAGCUCCGAACUUCGUUUCCAUCAAGUUGGGAAGACUUUUUACAGCCUCAUGGCCAUCGUUCGGCUUCGGGAUGAGGUUUACCCAAAGGAUUUCGUUCGUACGUAUUCGCCGCAUGGGUGUAACAUCGUCUCUGAGUAUGAGCCAUUGGCUUUCAUGGAAAGCAAAUGGAGACUCACAGGUCCGUCAGCUCGGUACAUGCUCUUUUAUGGGUAUAUCGAGGGGGAGCCUGAACCAGAAAGAAAAUCCUCGGCUCCGUUACAUGAGGUCGCCAUGCCGGAACGGUUAGAUUCAGGAGAUAUCGAUGUUCUGAAUAAAUACCUCGGCGGCUUCAAACCUUUCUCUGCCAAGCCUUCAGGUGGCCCUUCAAACUCUCAACAGAAGGGGUAUCAAGGUCUGCAGACUCCUCAAAAGCGACCUGCCCCGGGGUCCAGCCAACAAACUGGAUCGCAAGAGCAGGAGAACCCACAGGGUGAACGCGAGCCUCCGCGCAAGAGGAAGCGAAACAAAGCCAAGAAUAAGGGAAACCCUCAGAGUUCUCAAAGCACUCAGCCUGCUCCCCACGAGUCAGAGGUACGACGUGAUGCUCGUCGAGAUUGA